AUGGUGCCGCUAUUCCCUGCUGCCUAUUUCAUCCAUGGCCCAGUGAUGGAUGCGGUACUUACCGUUGCUCUCACUCUCCACAUCCACUGGGGAGUGCAAGGAGUGGUCCAGGAUUACGCACGUCCAUUUGUAAUUGGAGAUACUCUUGCGAAAACUGCUCGAGCUUCCGUUUACCUAAUUACGGCCGCUCUUCUGGCAGGUACGCUCAUGUUUAUUGAACGCUAUUUCGCUGCUGCUAUGGUGCCGCUAUUCCCUGCUGCCUAUUUCAUCCAUGGCCCAGUGAUGGAUGCGGUACUUACCGUUGCUCUCACUCUCCACAUCCACUGGGGAGUGCAAGGAGUGGUCCAGGAUUACGCACGUCCAUUUGUAAUUGGAGAUACUCUUGCGAAAACUGCUCGAGCUUCCGUUUACCUAAUUACGGCCGCUCUUCUGGCAGGGCUUCUCCACUUCAACACCAACGAUGUGGGCAUCACUGAAGCUUUCCGAAUGGUAUUUUCGCUCUGA